UCUCCGGGGUGAUGUAAGGCACGUCGGGCCCACUUGAACGCGAGUAACCCCGCCUGCUUUACCGAAAAUAACCCAGCGACUGCAGCAUCAGCACCGAUCAGCUGCGCAGGUGCGGUCGUUAAAGAGACAGCGGGAUUCAAACCCGAAUCAAGACGUGCGAUUCGGAAUAUUCAGAUGCGAUCGGUCGGGGCCCGUUUGAUCACGUGUUUAAAAUGAGCGCCAACGAGGACGCCACGUUUAUGAGCAGCCUCGCAUUGCAGUGCAUUGAAUUGACUCCCACAUGGUAAUAAGCAAAAUAUUUAUGUUUUUUUUUUCUUCUUCCCUCCCUUCUCCCUGGCUUCUCCAAUCACAUCCCGGCUGCAACGCCCUGCAACGUCCCUGGCCGCCGUGAAUGCGCGCGCACAAGAACCCAGCUCACGCGCGCGCCGGGCUAUACUGUUGCAGCAUCACUGUGUGUACAUGCUCCUCAUCCCUCAGCAUCAGCAUCCUCCUCUUCCUCCUCUUCCCUCGGACGGAUGCCAUGAACACGAGUGGGGUGCAUCUGGACGUGAUUUUAGUCCCGGGAGUUGCAGAGGAUGCAGGAUGAUGAUGAUGAGGAUGAUGAUGACAUGAUGAGCGGCAGCCGCACCCCAGGAGAUAUUUUGACCAAAGAAGAAUCCUUCCUUUUUUUUCUUUGCUCCGAUUUGGAUUGUGUUGGUCUUGGACACACUGGGCUGGUUGCUUGGAGCUUCUGAUGUGCCGGGAUUGUGUUGUUUUACCCCCUGUGGACCGCUGCUAUCACAUCCUGACCCAUUUCAACACACAACAAUAACAUGGCGGAGAAGACGUUGGAGCAGGGCUCCGUCAGCAUCCCCAUGGAGGAGACCAAACUGCACAGUGGGGCACCCCAAGAGGCACCCCUGCUCACCCACCUGAAGAAAGUGGAGAAUCACAUCACUGAGGCGCAGCGCUUCUCCCACCUCCCGCGGCGCUCCGCCGUGGACCUGGAGUUCAACGAACUGUCCUACACCAUCCGCGAGGGUCACUGGUGGAGAAGGAGAGGUUACAAAGCCCUCCUCAAGUGUCUUUCUGGGAGAUUUAACAGUAGAGAGCUUAUUGGCAUCAUGGGGCCUUCUGGGGCCGGGAAGUCCACCCUGAUGAACAUCCUGGCAGGAUACAGGGAGACAGGAAUGAAGGGACAAAUUCUGGUAAACGGCCGCCCGAGAGACCUGCGGACCUUCCGAAAGAUGUCCUGCUACAUCAUGCAGGAUGACAUGCUGCUGCCCCACCUCACGACCAGGGAGGCCAUGAUGGUCUCUGCCAAUCUGAAACUCAAUGAGAGCAUGCAGGUCAAAAAAGAACUUGUGCAUGAGAUACUGACUGCUCUCGGGCUUCUGGACUGUGCUCAAACACGUACCAACUCCCUUUCGGGGGGUCAAUGCAAAAGACUCGCCAUUGCCCUUGAGCUGGUCAACAACCCCCCUGUCAUGUUCUUCGAUGAGCCCACCAGUGGUCUGGACAGCGCGUCUUGCUUCCAGGUGGUUUCUCUCAUGAAGUCUCUGGCCCAAGGAGGGCGGACAAUCAUCUGUACCAUUCAUCAGCCUAGUGCCAAGCUCUUUGAGAUGUUUGAUAAGUUGUACAUCCUCAGCCAGGGACAAUGCAUCUACAAGGGAACAGUCCCUUACCUUAUCCCGUAUCUGAAGAACCUGGGCCUGCACUGCCCAACAUAUCACAAUCCUGCUGAUUUCAUCAUUGAGGUGGCAUCAGGAGAGUACGGAGACUUGAACCCGGUGCUGUUUGAGGCGGUCCAGGGAGGACUGUGCUCCGAAGAGGGCAAGAAAAACUCGAGAGACUCUUGUCACUCUCAGUGCUACAGUGACACAGGGACCCUUGAGAAACGUAGCUUUGCCACCAGUACAUUCACACAGUUCUGCAUCCUAUUCAAAAGAACCUUCAUUACAAUCUGCAGAGAUACGGUGCUGACCCACCUCAGAGUGAUGUCCCAUCUGGCGAUCGGAGUGCUCAUCGGUCUGCUUUAUCUCAAAAUCGGCAACGACGCCAGUAAAGUUUUCAACAACACGGGUUUCCUCUUCUUCUCCAUGCUCUUCCUCAUGUUUGCCGCCCUGAUGCCCACUGUUCUAACUUUUCCUCUGGAGUUGCCUGUGUUUAUAAGGGAACACCUCAACUACUGGUACAGCCUGAAGGCCUACUACUUGGCAAAAACAAUGGCGGACGUACCAUUCCAGGUGAUUUGUCCAAUCAUGUACUGCAGUAUUGUGUACUGGAUGACUGAACAGCCUGCAGAGGCCAGUCGCUAUCUGCUCUUCGUGGCUUUGUCCACAUCCACAGCCCUGGUAGCCCAGUCUCUGGGGUUGCUUAUUGGCGCUGCAUCCACAUCACUGCAGGUAGCGACAUUUGUAGGUCCGGUAACAGCCAUACCUGUGCUGCUCUUCUCUGGCUUCUUUGUAAAUUUUGAUACCAUUCCCAAAUAUCUACAGUGGAGCUCCUAUGUCUCUUACGUCAGGUAUGGAUUUGAAGGUGUGAUACUGUCCAUCUACGGGAUGAACCGCACUGAGCUGGAGUGUCCGGAUCCGGUGUGUAAAUUCCAAAAGCCAGAGGAGGUCCUGCAACUGUUGGAUGUGGAGGAUGCAAAGCUCUACGUGGACUUCAUGGUGCUGGGGGUGUUCUUCGUGGUUCUCAGACUGGCCACUUACCUGGUCCUGCGGUACAAAGUCAAGUCCGAGCGUUGAGCAGCUCAUCGUAAAUAUAAGUUCAACAUUAUCCAUAAAACUGCUUGUUAUUUCAUGAAAACACUUCCACUCUUAGUUGUUUUUUUGUUUCUGCAAUCAUUGGAUACUGAUCACACAUGAACAAUGACUAAAGAUACAUAAAGCAUGUUUAUUUAGUGGACCAGGAACGUGUGCUAGUUUCCUCCAGGAAACCAUCUUGGUGCAGGAAUGUCCCAGUUCUUUUUUCCCCUCAAUGCCUACAUAAUAGUCCCGGGUUGGGGUGCAUUAGACAGCACCCAUCCCGAUGCCCAGAUUUCAAGAAGAAUACAUUCCAGAGAAAGUGGAAACUAUAAGUGCCAGAACUUUUGUCAGCUUUUCGCUUUCCUUGAAGAGAUUCUGGCUUUUACGCAAUCCUGACAUACCCACUGCCACUGGAUGACUUUCCAUAUCAGGGAUGGACCCUUUCUGCAGGCCUUGUGGCACACCACGAACAUGGCAGUCGGAUGCGGAUGAAGAACUUGUCAUCAUCACAGACUCGUCUGGAAUAAUCAGUCUGCUGCCAGGACUUUGACUCUGAACCGGCUGUUUGUUGAGGACAUGGAGCAUAAUGUGAAAACAGGCAUGACUGCUGCCUCCAGCCUCAUGCAGAGGGCUAACUUCAAAGUACCGACUGCAAGUAAAACAAGUGCAAUAGCCGUGGUUAGAAGAAAAAAAUGUGAGAUGCUCGUCUAAUCGCUGUUACUCUUUUAAAGCAAUCCUUCCAAGUA